UCAAAAUCAGAUUUAUAGUUAUCGGCUCUGAAGUCGCUGCAGCAUUAUUUUUAAUUCGGAUAGUGUAGAUUUAUCGUUAUAAAUUUGGGAAACAAGCUGGUAAAAUAAUUCUAACGUUGUGUAUUAAAAUGGCAGCAAACCGCGAGCGUCGUGUGAAUGCUGGCAAUCGCAUUGCCAAGUUACUCGACGAGGAGGAAGAAGAUGAGUUUUACAAAACUUCCUAUGGCGGCUUCCAGGAGACAUCUGAUGACAAGGAAUAUAUUCAGAAAAAUGAAGAUGAAGACGAUAUUGUUGAUUCGGACUUCAGUAUCGAUGAAAAUGAUGAACCUGUAUCUGAUCAAGAGGAAGAAGUCGCGAAGCGUAAGAAAAAAGUUACCAGCAGAGCUUACAAGGAGCCAGUGAAGAAAACUUCGCCCGUUAAGACGACUAAGGAAAACAAGGUAAAAGCCGAACGCCAAAAAUCUCCGAAAAGAAGAGACAGAAGUACAUUUACAGUGCACGAUUCUGGGAGAAAAUCAUUUAGAAAAUCAACAGCAGCCAAAUCGGCGGCUACUUUGAGUCGCAUGAAACAGCGAGUUGAGGCAGAAAAGCGUAAACCUAAAGUAGUUAAGGUUGAAGAAUAUAUCCCUACCCAGGAGGAGUUGCUAGAGGAAGCAAAAAUAACCGAAAAAGAAAAUCUCAAAUCGCUAGAAAAGUUCAGACGAAUGGAGUUAGAGAAAAAGAAGACUCGGCCCACAAAAAGGGUCUUUACUGGUCCAAUACUUAGAUAUCGUUCUCUCACAAUGCCGCUUGUGGAGGAAGUUUUGCAGACUAACAAAAAUAUAGUACCGGAUGCAUUGCUUAAGAACGAAUCAGAUGAAAUUGAUGAAACGACUGAGAAAAGUAAAGAGAAGCUAACUAAGAAGCGUAGAAAAUCUGUCAUGCCCAAAGUUGAAGUGAAGGGCAAAUGUGAGCGUACUUUUAUCACAUUCGAAAACGACAUCGAUGAUGCUCUGUUCAGCAGCUAUUUCCCAAAAGUACCGAAACGAGACCGGCGUAGUCAGGUUUGUGCCAUAACUAGGCUACCAGCUCGAUACUUCGAUCCAAUCACAAAACUCCCAUAUCGUAAUUUGCAAGCGUUUAAAAUAUUGCGCGAAGCUUACUAUCAGCAGCUAGAGGACAGAGGAAAUACAGACAACCCGGAAGUGAGUGAAUGGCUCGAGUGGCGUAAGAAAAUUAAGGAUUAUCGGUUGAAAAGCCUAAACAAGAACAGUUCGCUGUUGGGAAUGAUUUCAGUUACUACUGCACAAGGGCAGUGAAUGGUAAGCACGAAAGAUUAUUGUAUAUAUGAACAUGAUUAAUUAAAUAGAUUUAGCAUUGAGAUUGCGA